AAACCUUCCGAUUGGUUCCAAUCUAGACGUUCCACUGCAAACAAUACCCAUCUACUGUGAAUGUCAGGAUCACGGCUCCCUAAACUCUCAGCCUUCCAGAUGCCUCACGACGUCUCUACUACUUUCGCUAUACGAGGCUAGCUCAACCUCGACAGCACGCAUCGUCUCACCCCCGUGGAAUAUCUACUCAAGUGAAUAUAUGUUAUACAAAGCAGCCUCUACUUUAGUACUCUAUCUGCCCGGGUUACUAAAUAUCUGCGCGGACCUCAGUCGCAAACCUAACUCCUGACCUCGACCCAUCGACUUUAUUAACCGACACAAUGAGCAGUACCAACGGCGGCAGGAAGGUGCCACUCGAUAUCGAGGAAGUACUUCGACAAAAAAAGGCCGCAGAUGCCGCAGCCGCUAAACCGCGAUUCAUUCCCAAAGCCGAACGAGAGCGCCUUGCAAAGGAGGCCGAACUGAAGGAACAACAGAAACUGAAGGAGAAGGAGAAACCGCAAGCGGUGGCAGCGCGGAGUGCUGGAGGCAACAGCAAUACGGCGAACAAUGGACCGAGCAGGGGGUAUAACAUUGAAGGCGGCAACGGCCGGUACACUCGAGACGACAGGCAAUCCGCUGUCCCUACAGGUCCGAAAGCCAUGCGAUCACAAGGCAGGUAUGACCGCCAAGGCCCUGGAAACAACGAUAGGCAGGCUAGAGAGGGGAGGUUCAAGGAAAAGGACAAAGACAAGAGUAAGGACGACAAAAAGCGGGCAGCACCAGAAGACGCCGAAGCAGCACUGAUACGGGCCCGUUACAUGGGUCCUGAGAUGAAUCAAUCCACAUUCUCGGCUCAAAAGAAGAGAAAACGGACGACGGAAAAGAAGUUCAACUUCGAAUGGGACCUUAACGAGGAUACCAGUCAGGAUCACGAUCCUAUCUACGCCCAGCAGUUGGAACCCACCUUCCGCCAAGGUGGUUUCGAUGACAGCGUCACAUAUGAAAACCUCAAAAAGCAGGCCCGUUUGAUCGCCGAGUCAGAUCCUGAGCAUGGCGCGGAACGAGCCCGAGAGCUCAUGGAAAUGGCCGAGAAGGCAAAGGAAAGGGCAAAUCGCAAAGGCCUUGGAAAGCACUGGUCAGAAAAGACCCUCGACGAGAUGAAAGAAAGAGACUGGCGUAUCUUCAAAGAGGACUUCGGUAUCGCCACGAAAGGAGGUUAUAUUCCGAAUCCCAUGCGAAACUGGCAAGAGUCAGGAUUACCUCAUCGGUUGCUCGAUAUUGUCGCAAAUGUUGGGUACGACGAGCCCAGUGCUAUUCAGCGAGCAGCCAUCCCAAUAGCCCUCCAGGCCCGUGAUCUCAUUGGUGUUGCCGUCACCGGAUCUGGAAAAACGGCCGCGUUCUUGUUACCCCUUUUAGUGUACAUCUCAGAACUGCCGCCUCUGAACGAGUUCACGAAGAAUGAUGGUCCGUAUGCUCUUAUUAUGGCUCCUACUCGAGAACUGGUACAACAGAUCGAAACCGAAGCUCGAAAGUUCGCCACGCCACUUGGCUUUACCGUCGUCAGUAUUGUUGGUGGUCACGCUCUUGAGGAACAGGCAUAUGCGCUUCGAAAUGGCGCGGAGAUUAUUGUUGCAACUCCCGGUCGUCUGGUCGACUGUAUUGAGCGCCGUCUUGUGGUUCUUUCUCAGUGUUGUUACAUGAUCAUGGACGAGGCAGAUCGUAUGAUCGACAUGGGUUUCGAAGAGUCUGUAAACAAGAUUCUGGAUGCACUGCCCGUCACAAAUGAAAAACCAGAUACAGAAGAGGCUGAGAACGGACAACUUAUGUCACGCCAUCUUGGUGGAAAGGAUCGAUAUCGUCAGACCAUGAUGUACACGGCCACCAUGCCGCCAGCUGUCGAGAAGAUAGCCAGGAAAUACCUGCGACGCCCGGCCACUGUCACGAUCGGUAAUGCGGGAGAGGCAGUUGACACGGUCGAGCAACGCGUUGAGAUGGUCUCCGGAGAGGACAAAAAGAAGAAGCGUCUCUGCGAAAUUCUUCAAAAUGGCGGCUUCGCACCUCCCAUCAUCGUCUUCGUCAACAUCAAGCGCAAUUGUGACGCUGUUGCGCGCGAGAUUAAACAUAUGGGCUUCAGCGCUGUCACUUUGCACGGUUCCAAAACCCAAGAGCAGCGUGAGCAGGCACUUGCGUCGGUUCGUUCGGGAGCCACAGAAGUCCUCGUGGCCACCGAUCUGGCAGGACGAGGUAUCGACGUGCCGGACGUCAGUCUGGUCGUCAACUUCAACAUGGCGUCUUCCAUCGAGUCUUACACCCACAGAAUCGGACGAACGGGUCGUGCUGGCAAGAGCGGUGUCGCGAUUACGUUCUUAGGCAACGAGGACACGGAUGUUAUGUAUGACUUGAAGCAGAUGCUCAGUAAGAGCAGUAUCAGUAAAGUACCUGAGGAACUUAGGCGGCACGAAGCGGCUCAGUCGAAACCUACGAGAGGUGGUGGUAGGGAAAUGCUCAGCACAAACAAGCACACGGAAAGUACGGCUGGCUUCCCUGCUGGUGGUAUACAACUACUUCGUCUGUGGUAG